UCAAUUUAAGAUUCCAAAUACAAAGGUAUGGCUUUUUUGAAUUGGUCCCCGAUUGCCUUUUCUGCCCCCUUUCGAAUUACCCCCACACACACCCGCCCAUCCUCAUCACCGUUAUCAACAACAAUUAAACAAUUUUUGAAUCCCAAUUGACAAUUGUAAAAUAAAUCCUAGUUUUAGAAAAUAAUUAAGGGUUUCUACUCCAUCAUGAUUAUCAUGAACAACAAGUAACGAUUUUUGAGCCCAUCACCCUCCAAAAUCCCAAAAAUGUUCCUAAACAAAUUGAUUAGGGUUCCAAUUUAGGAAAAUUGGGGGAAAAAAAAAAGAAUUAGGGUUUUUUCUGUUCUUAGCCCAAAACCACCUGAAAUACCGUAACAACCACCAAGUGUCGAUUUGGAGGCUGUGGAAAUGGCGACGAGGGGCACGAGAUCCGAGAAGGUUCGGAGAAUUUUCCAGCAAUUCGACGCGAACAGCGACGGUGGUCUCAAUAGGGAGGAAAUGGCUUCGCUUGUUGUGGCAGUGAACCCUAGGGUGAAGUUCAGCGACGAACAGAUCAACGCCAUUCUCGACGAGGUUUUCCGAACCUAUGGCGAUUUCAUUGACGGCGAUAAGGGGCUCACCUACGAGGGCCUCCUCCGAACCUACGACGACGGUGCCGGCGACGUGGACAGGGACUUCGACGCACUCGGCCUCGAGCUCAACCUCGAGGAGGCUGCGGCCGCCGCUAAGGGCUCCUCGGCGGCGGCUGCGUCCGAGGCCUCGUCUUCGUCCAUUGUAGACGAGAGGAUGGCGGUGGAGACGCAGAAGAAGCAACGGACGGCGGCUUGGGCCGUGUCGCCAAACCACGGGAUUGUGUUCGACGACACUUGGAAGAUUGUGGACGAUUUGGAGAUUCUAAUUAAGAGGCUGAGGACGAAGCAGGCAAAAGAUGGAAAAUUGAAAGGGGAGAAUUUUGAUGCGUAUUCAGAUGCCGGUUGGUCCCGGGAAUUGGGGCCUUCCGCAGAGAUUUCGGAGAAAAGGGUGUUUUGGGAAGAAUCAGGACAUGAUUAUGCUGUGUUUUUGAAGGAAUUAGGGGUUUUGAGGGGUAGGGCAGAUGCUGCUAGGUCAAGGGAAGAGGCAUUUGAUGGACACAUGGCGAUUGGGCGAGUUUUGUAUGAGCAUCAGUUGUUCAAGGAGGCUUUGGUGAGUUUCAAGAGGGCUUGUGAGUUGCAGCCUGUGGAUGUGAGGCCACAUUUUAGGGCUGGGAAUUGUUUGUAUGUUCUUGGCAGGUACAGGGAGGCCAAGGAGGAGUACCUGUUGGCUUUGGAGGCAGCUGAGGCAGGCGGGAAUCAGUGGGCCUAUUUGCUACCGCAGAUUUAUGUCAACCUUGGGAUUGCGCUGGAAGGUGAAGGUAUGGUCUUGAGUGCCUGUGAAUAUUAUAGGGAGGCUGCAAUUCUUUGUCCCACUCAUUUUAGAGCAUUGAAGCUACUAGGUAGUGCACUUUUCGGUGUAGGGGAGUAUAGGGCCGCAGUGAAGGCGUUGGAGGAAGCAAUUUUCAUGAAGCCUGAUUAUGCUGAUGCGCAUUGUGACUUGGCUUCGGCUUUGCAUGCCAUGAAUGACGAUGAGAGGGCAAUUGAGGUGUUUCAGAAAGCUAUUGAUUUGAAGCCUGGUCAUGUAGAUGCUCUAUACAAUUUGGGUGGGCUUUAUAUGGAUCUUGGUAGGUUCCAGAGGGCUUCAGAGAUGUACACUCGGGUUUUAGCCGUUUGGCCAAAUCAUUGGCGAGCACAGCUGAAUAAGGCUGUGUCAUUGCUGGGAGCUGGGGAGAAUGAAGAAGCCAAGAAAUCUUUGAAGGAAGCGCUGAAAAUGACGAAUAGGGUUGAGUUGCACGAUGCGAUAGCACAUCUGAAGCAGCUGCAGAAAAAGAAGACAAAAACUAAUGGAGGUUCUUCUGGGGAGUCAACGUAUCUUGAAGUUGAACCAUCCAAAUUCAAGGUUGUUGGAGACAAGACUACUGUGAGGCAGGAAUUAGCAACUGCCUUGCAAAUCAGAGCACUUCAGAGGGUUUCUAGGUUAAAUCGUUGCAGUGUGGAGCUUUUGAAGAAGGAAAUGAGUGAACAUGAUGUGCCAGUGUCGUAUUCAGGCAGUGGUGUUCCAGAAAAGUCCAUUCGGAAGCCAAACUUGGAAGAAAUUCUUCACAGAUUACUUAAUUUUUUAAAGCCCGAGACUUUUCAAGGAGCAGUAAAAGCCAUAAAUGAGAGGAUACUUUCUGUUUUGGAUGAAAGUGGCUCAGGCAGAGUGGAUCUGGGAAUGUUUUUUGCCAUUCUCGCUCCUAUUUGUGGCGGUCCUCCGGAAAGACGCAAAAGGGUUGCCUUUGAUGCUCUUGUUUGGCGUCCCAUGAAUGAAGACGGUGCUAGCGUUAGGAAAGUUGAUGCUACAACAUAUAUCAAGUUGUUAAGGGCUAUUUAUGUUCCUUCACAAGGGGUUAGUGAAUUAAUGGAAGUUCAUGGAGAAUCGGAUACUUCAAUGGUGUCUUUCUCCGAGUUUCUUGUUAUGUUUGAUGAUCCAGAUUGGGGGUUUGGCAUCAUGCCUACUCUGGUGAAGCUUGAAGCAGGGGAUAGAAAUCGACAUGGCAACAGCGUGUGUGCUGUUUGUCGCUACCCAAUUAUCGGUUCCCGGUUCAAGGAGAUAAAAUCUCAUUUUAGUUUGUGUAACCAAUGCUACAGUCAGGGAAAGGUUCCUUCCACGUUUAAGCAGGAAGAAUACAGAUUCAAAGAGUAUGCAAGUGAAUCUGAAGCUAUGAAAGAUAAGUUGCUACCCAUGGUUCUGAAAACCGGACUAGACCGGCUGGUCACCGGUCUGACCGGGAACCGGAAGUCUGCAGUUUGGUCCAUCAGGAGAUACUGCCAUUUCGAAAACCGCAUGAAAACUGUUGAACCGGCCAGUUGGACUGAACCGGGACCCGGCUGGUUUAAUGAAAUGUCGCCGUUUUAUGUUUCGUUUAAAACCAAAAAGCAAUCUGAUCCCUUCCUUGUUCCAGCAGCCCAGUCCCUUUCUCCUUUUCUUUCCUUCACAAUUCAGAACCUUGCACUGCCCUCAACCAAAAGAAACCCUAGCCAUGUAGCCUCCACCACCACCGCCAUCCGUUGCGCACUCAGGAGCUUCCCUCUUAGUGCUUUUGGCGUGCUCCAAGUCUUCGACCUUUGAUCGCUCUCACUGAUCGCAGCUUCUUCCUCGAGGUCAGCUCGGCGUUCGUCGUCUUCCGUCUGCUAAGCCGCGUUCUUCGUCUUCGUCUUCGUCCUUUUAAUCUCUUUGAUAUGUUCUACCCUAAUAGAGCCUUAAUUUGACUAAUUUGCUUGUGUAUGAUUAAACCUUGUUACUUUAUGAAAGAAUGAACUACUUGACAUUCUGGAGCCUUAAUUUUCUUGUACCAGAGACAAUUUUUGAUGUAUACCCAAUAUAAUUUGCUUUGCUUUUGUGAUUU